CGUUAACACAUACCUUCAACACUGUUCGCCGUGACGAGCAACCAUGACGAAAGCGCAGGAUAGUUUCACUUUUACGGUCGGAAAGCUUGAUGCGGGGAUGGCUAUCCUCCUGGGCGACCGAGCUCACCUCAUAGAAUUUCCAUCAGUACUACUUCCUCCUGGAGCAACAACUGGUUCCAUAGUCAGCAUCGCGGUCCACCAGAACGUGGCUCAGGAGCGGAAACGAGACCAUGAAUUCUGGUCGCUUCAAGAAGAUAUCUUAGAGACGUUUGGAAGUCACUCACCUGAGAAUCCGCAGCUUGAGGUCCGCAAUGUCACCCAAACCUCCGUCACGCUCGAAUGGCCUCCCAUCAAGCUUGCCACCGCGAAAUUACGCUCGCUUGAUAUAUACAAGAACGGCCAACGCCUUGCCGCGAUUCCUAAUGCACUUAACAACUACUCCACAAAGCUUUCUGGUCUCUCCGUAGAUACCCAAUACACUUUCCAGCUCCUCCUCCGUACUUCCGCAGGAACCUAUCCCUCGAACCUCAUCCGCGUGCGCACGCACACGAUCGCAGACACAAGCGGAAUUUCAGUUUGCUUCGCAAAUGUUACAGACAGCGUGUUGCUGGAAAAUGCAAAGCUUGCUUUGAAAGAGAUGCGCGCAAAGUGGAGCGACAAAAUUCAAAUCGACACCACUCAUUUCGUGUGCACUACUCCUGCGGUCACGCCCUCAGGUGCGCAACCAACUGGUGGUGUUGCAGCAGCCCCAGGUGCAGAAUAUCAACGCGCCUUGCAGUUAAGCAUCCCUGUGGUUCAACCGCAGUGGAUUUUAGCGUGCCAUAGCGAAAAGAAAAUGGUGCCCAUCUCUGGCUACUAUCUCGGCGUCACCCCACCCACAAAUGCUGGGUACUCCCAGCGUCCCCAAUCGAUGUCACAAGCCUCUCUCCCCAGCUCCAGCGCAGCUCACAAAAACUCGGCAUCGCGUCAAAGUCUUCCGGCAAUACGCCGCUCUACACCACCAUCCGCAGCGCCGCAACGGCCGAUCGACGAGGAAGAGGACGAAGAGGAACAACCGCCGAAACCUCCGCUCUCUGACUUCAAGCACAAGAGCAGCGGUACGAUGGAUAGGAAUUUCAAGUUCCCGCCGUCACAAACCCAGGCUCAAGCAGUCCCACCUGUCCCCUCUAUUCCUACACAACCGCCUACUCCCAAGUCCGAGCCCGAGGCAGGUUCAAACCGUAUAAAUGAAGAUGAGAUGACGCCCGUGGCGGUGGUCGUGCCAUCUAGUGUAGAAGUUCCUCCCCCACCUCCGGUGGAGAAAGAGAUCCGGAAGAGUUUUGUGGAAUCUGAUGAUGGCGAGGAGGAAGUUGGGGAGACGGUUGAGAUUGAUUUGCGGUGAGAAUUGUAGGCUGGUUGUUGUCUACUUAUUUUGUGGUGUAGCUUCUGGUGUUAUGAGCUUGUGAUUUGGCUGCGCUGUGUGAAGAUGUUCGAUGUUGGGCAUAUGAAUAUCAUCGAUGUUUCGUUCUGUA